AUGAAGCCAGGUUUCAGCCCCCGUGGGGGUGGCUUUGGUGGCAGAGGAGGCUUCGGUGGUGACAGAGGUGGUAGAGGAGGAUGAGGUGGACGAGGAGGCUUUGGCGGGGGUCGAGGAGGCUUUGGUGGAGGCCGAGGUCGAGGUGGAGGUGGAGGCUUCAGGGGACCAGGAGGAGGUGGAGGAGGAGGUGGACGAGGUGGAGGCUUCCAGUCUGGGGGCGGCCGGGGUCGAGGUGGUGGCCGGGGAGGCAAGAGAGGAAACCAGUCAGGGAAGAAUGUGAUGUUGGAACCACAUCGGCAUGAAGGCAUCUUUAUCUGUCGCGGAAAGGAGGAUGCCCUUGUCACAAAGAAUCUGGUCCCUGGAGAGUCUGUGUAUGGGGAGAAGAGAGUCUCUAUUUCAGAGGGAGAUGACAAAAUUGAAUACCGAGCCUGGAACCCCUUCCGUUCCAAGCUGGCAGCAGCAAUCCUGGGCGGCGUAGACCAGAUCCAUAUCAAGCCAGGGGCCAAGGUGCUCUACCUUGGGGCAGCCUCAGGCACCACUGUCUCUCACGUCUCUGAUAUCGUUGGCCCGGAUGGUCUGGUCUAUGCAGUUGAGUUCUCCCACCGUUCUGGCCGUGACCUCAUCAACUUGGCCAAGAAGAGGACCAACAUUAUUCCUGUGAUUGAAGAUGCCCGACACCCACACAAAUACCGCAUGCUUAUCGCCAUGGUGGAUGUGAUCUUUGCCGAUGUGGCACAGCCAGGCCAAACCCGGAUUGUGGCCCUGAAUGCCCACACCUUCCUGAGGAAUGGAGGACACUCUGUGAUUUCCAUUAAGGCGAACUGCAUUGACUCCACAGCCUCGGCAGAAGCUGUGUUUGCAUCUGAAGUGAAGAAGACGCAGCAGGAGAAUAUGAAGCCCCAGGACCACGCUGUGGUUGUAGGUGUGUACAGGCCACCUCCCAAGGUGAAGAACUGA